AUGGCAUACGACUCGUACUACGAUCCCCCCUCAGGGCCUUCAGCACCCUACGAACCUCCUCGAUCCCAGGACGAAUACGCAAAUGAACGGGUUUAUAGUUCGCCUACAUCCUACCAACCGCCAUAUCCAUCUCAACACGCUGCAGAGCAAAUCCAGAUGCCACAACCCCGCAUGCCGUCACCAUCUUAUCAAAAUGCACAGCCUGCUCCGGCAAAUCCGCCAUACGGCCAUAUUGGGAACGAUAUCGCCUCUGCCAUCAAUAGUCCAGUCAACAGUAACAACCCAAACUUCUUGUCGCCGGAGCUCAUUUCGCAAGUCACCGCGACUGUGAUUCAGCAACUCAAAGCUUACGGCUUGGAUGGAUCGCAAGGCCAGCAGCAACAACCUCAGCAGCCCCCGCCACCUCCUCCACCACAGCAGCCUCCACUACAACAGCAACAACAACCUCCUCCACCACCUCCUCAACCACAAUCAGUUCCUCCCGCGCCGUUCUCUGCACCACCAGCACCUGAACCAACAUACUACAAUCCACAGCCAGCCUACAGAGAUGUACAACCAGCGGAGACUCGGGGACGAGCUACCAUGUCGGUACCGCCCGAGAAACGAGAAACGCAGACCAAGAUCAGCCCUGAAAAGCGCCCGAGCGGAGGUUCAGAGUCGCGGAAUCCCGUUAUAGGUCGUACAUCUACUGAGAACAUGACGACUUUGGAGAAGAUAUGGGGGAAAAUGUUUGACGAUGGCCAGCCGACGCCACGGCUGGGKCAGCUUUUGCGCGGAAUCGCGGUACAUUUGAUCGAGGAUUAUCCGCCGGGUAAUACUAUUGUGGUUGUGCCGGAGAAGAUGCAGAAAUACUAUGCAGAUACCAAGGUUCCAACGGAUACCUAUCCAUGGCAGGACAUAUUCGACGACCGCACAUCGUCUAUCUCGCGAAUCUACAGAGACAUCGAAGCAGAGCACCAUCUUGUUCAGGACCCACAGAAUCUAAAGGAACGACCAGAUGUACCAGGACUGACACCCCGCGGAUUCGAGAAAUGGUACACCCUUAUGAUCCAGGCCAACCCGGACAGAGAGUUUGCACGCCUGCAGAAAACAGUGCUGGAUAUGCCAAUCAGCAACCCCGACGAUAAGAAAGAGAGAUUCCCCAAAGAGCUGCCGCGACGUCUAUUUCCCAGCUCACCGGAUAAGAAGAUCUUAGAGAAAUUAGAGGUUUCAAUCAUCACUCAUUGCGAGGUCGAACUUCCACGAAGUCCGCCCGAAGAACGAUCAAAAUCGCCCCCUCGAAAGAAUAAACCCAGAGAUAUCUCACCGCCACCUAGGACACAGCCGACCACUAUAGAGCGCGUUCCGGCUUCAGUGUCGGCAUCCAAGUCCAGUUCGCAAGAAAGGGAAACAAAGUCUCUCGAAGACGAUGAAGAAGUUACGGCCACCCCUCGCCCGAUUGAGCGUGAGAGAAAGCCAUACAGUGCCCAGCCGGGCGGAGGCAAAAAGUACGAGGAGACAGCUGCGAACCUAAAAACAUCGGACACAAGCAAGUCAACAUCUAGCACAUCGACGGUCCGACCAGAACAACCAUAUACCCGCGGAGCCCCAACAACAGGGAAUACGGGCCAUGGUCACGCACACCACAGCUCAAUAUCAUCAUCCAAGCCCGGCGGUAGACGCAGCUCAUCGGUCGGCAUAAAAGCCAACGGACCAGGCGACUAUCGCCACUCGGAGCCUGACCUCAGCUCCUACGACGCAGGCUACGGAAACCUGACUUCUGCUGGAGGUGUAAGCGGCCAUAGUGGCCACCACUACAAGACCAGUGCUGCCGGCAGUACUGCUCUGGAUUUAUAUGAUGAUGACGCCGACCGUCUCGCAUACCGCGACUAUGAGCGCGAUGAUCCGCGGGACUAUGACGCCGUUCUCGAGCGGGAACGGGAGCGUGAGCGCGAACGCCGGUAUCAUGAUCAUGCAGGCAGUGGAACUGGUAGGAGCACAUGGACUGAUGAGGACUACUAUCGUGGUGGCGGACUAUUAGGCGGACAGGGAGGAGGCCCUGAGUAUGAGUACAAGUACCGUUAA